CGCACCACGUUGCACUAUGGAUAUUAUGACUCCUGAGCUCCUGGAGGUAAGAAGAUACAUAUAGGUUCGGAUUUCAGUCUUCCCCACAACCGUCCCGGUUGUUCAACAUAUUCAAUCGCUUCCUUUUCUCAUUACCUGAAAAGACACAAAGAAGAAUAUGUACCCUGACAAGCUGGCGCUUUCCCCCAUCCGAGGACCCUUUGGUUUUCGGGCUGAUGCACGUGACGGGCAGCAGCAGUAUGGAAGACUUGGUUCACCACGGGGGCAAGCCUUGAGGGGAGACGGUGGUUACAUUGGUCUAGGGGGACUAGGGCUUCGAGAUAGUGGAUAUCCAGCUGGCGUUGCGGCUCAACGAGAAUUGGGUUUACGAGAGGCGCCCCUGCGAGGUCGACGAGGGCAGAAUCCCGAUCGAUACGGUGGCGCGGAGUCCCGAGCGAACUUAAUCCGCGAUCUUGAGGCUUAUCUUAGCGGCUCACGAGGACUUGGCUCGGGGGGGUUGGGUGGACUGGGUCAGUCAGGAGGUUUGGGAGGCUUGGGAGGCUUGGGGAAUCUGGGGAACUUGGGAAAUAUAGGGAACCUAGGAAACGGGCGAAACCUGCCAAACCUAGUCAACCUUGGACUGAGAAACCUAGGUAACUUGGGACACCUGGGGAACCUGGGACACCUGGGAAACCCAAGAAACGUGGGAAAUCUGGGAAACACGGGAGGCUUGGGAGCUUUGGCAAGGUUGGCAGAUUUGAGAGACUUUCGAGACCUAACACCCGAAGACCUGUACACCUUGGGUCAGCUUUACGACAAAUCCCGCGGUGGCUGUCCUCGAUGUGACUCUGAUCAUGGGCAUAACAGCGAUCGCGAUCAUGGUUGUGCAUGCAGGAAGCAUUCAUGCGGAUGCGACAACUCGGAGCCGCAAGCCAAGAAAGAGUACUCCUUCAAGACGAAGAAUGUCACGGUCCGGGGCAAGUCCUACACGGUUCGAAAGAGCUACCUGGCAGACUCGAGCAAAUUCGAGGGGGAGCUCGUCAAGUUCGUGGAUAAGAAGUCCGAGGAAGAGGUCCCAGACCACGUCGUUCAACUGCUGAUCGAUUUCAUCAACGAAGAGACCUGCGACGUCAACACGCUCCUUGAUCUCGUCGGCGUGAACAUACUGGCAUCGAACCUCAAUGCCAAAUCCGCCGUGGAAUACUCCCUGCAAGCGCUGAAGAAAUACGAUGAUGACUAUCCCCUGAGGAGCGAGGAGCUCACCAAGAUCUGUGGCGCGAUAACGAUGUCUGGCAAAGUGAACGAGGGAUUGGAGGCUUGGCUCAAGAAGUUGCUCCAGGAUCAAGAUAAUUUCCGUGCUUUGAGCCGGUCUCAUUCUUUCCAGACGCUGAUUGCUACCCAUCCGGAGGUAGCGACCAGGCUUGAAAUAAUCUUGGGUUGGAGAGAAGGAGGGAAUGGCUUGGGGAUUAUGAAGAUGUGAUAUCUGGUUAUUUAUCGAUGGAUGUCAUAGUUGAGUGGGUUGAUGAUUGCUUCUCUAUAGGUAGGAUCUCUGUUCUAUCUUUUGAAAUUGUCAUCGAAUCCGCUAGUUACCUUGGGUAGGAGUAGGUCGAAGCUUCACUCAUAUGUUGUUUACUGACACUUUCGGAUCCAAAUAUUCGGCAAUGACAGACUCAUGAUGCAUGCUGAUGACCCAAGAAACCAUU